AUGGAAAUCAAUCACGGGCCUCACCUCCUCGUCGGCUUGCCGCCACCACACGCCAUUAGGUCCGCGCUCUCGCCCAUCCAUCAUAGCGCAUCGUCGACGAGUUGUAAUGGGGGCAAGUACGCGACGGUGAGGCGAUGCCGCGAGCGGUUGAGCGGCCGUCAAUGGGCCGCCAAGUUCCUGAGGAAGCGUCGCCGCGCCCAAGAGUUGAGAGCCGAGGCCCUGCACGAGGUCGCGGUGCUGGACGCCGCCGCCAACUGCCCGAGGCUCGUCUCUCUCCACCAGGUUUUCGAGACAAGCACGGAAAUGGUCCUCGUCCUCGAACUGGCUCCCGGUGGCGAGCUCCAAAUGGUCCUCGACAGAGACGAAAUUCCGGAAGAGAGACAAGUCGUCAAGCUCCUCAAACAAAUACUGGAUGGUGUCGCCUUUCUGCACUCGCUGAACGUUGCGCAUCUCGACAUUAAGCCGCAAAAUCUCGUCCUCACCGGCGAGUUUCCAGACUGUGAUGUAAAACUCUGCGACUUUGGCAUCUCCCGGUAUAUCAGCCACGGUGCAGACAUUCGUGAAAUUUUAGGAACACCCGACUAUAUUGCACCGGAAGUACUGAACUAUGAGCCGAUAAGCCUGGCGACGGACAUGUGGUCGGUGGGUGUUCUGCUUUACGUACUUCUUACGGGCUGCUCGCCCUUUGGCGGCGACACGAAGCAGGAGACCUUCUGCAACAUCAGCCGCUGCCGACUCGAUUUUCCCGACGAUCUCUUCGAGGAGGUGUCCGAGGAGGCCCAAGACCUGAUACGCCGACUCAUAGUCAAGAAUCCAAGCGAACGUUUGUCAGCGAGCGAAUGCCUGAAACAUUCGUGGCUGAGCAAAUUCGAGGAGGCCUCCUGCCCACUUUCUCCCUUAGUCGUGGAAUCGAAGGAGUCGCUCGAGGGAGAAAUCGCACCCUGUGAUACAACCGCUGCCACUAUCGUCACCAGCUCCAUCUCAUCCUCGUCCGGACUGGCGCGCGUUCAAGAGGCAUCGCUGACCGCCGAGACAGCAACGGCUAUGACGAUGGCGACACUGAUGACGACGACGACGCCGACGAUAACGACGGUGCCAGCGAUGACGGCAGCAGCAGCAGCAGCAGCAGCAGCAGCAGUGACGAUCGAACCCGUGGAAGCGCAUCCAAACGAAAUUGAAUCUGAUGCGCUCGAACAAUGUCUCGGAGAGUGUCACGAGGUAUGCCACGACGAUUGUCACGAGGUUUGCCACGAACCUUGCCACGAGCCUUGCCACGAGCCUUGCCACGAGAUUUGCCACGAGGUUUGCCAUAACGAGCCCCAGCAUCCGACAGCGAAUCUUGUCAUCGAGGCUGCGGCAGAGGAACAGCCGGUAACGAGCGACGUCGAACCCGAUGGUACGGGCUGUCCGCUCGAGGCGCCUCCGUCGCCGGGAUGCGACAAAGAUGGCACCUGCCAUGGCGGAUCCGCCGACUACGUGUAUCUCCGAAGGAUGAGCUCGACGGUGCCGCGGACCAGUUCGUCUUUGAGGCAUCAAUUCGCCGGACUGUCUUCCGAGCGCCGGAGCAACUUCAAAAGGAGCAUGGACUUCCUCGCGCGGAAGUUCUCCGCCAGUGCCGAUCUCCUCGAAGUUUUUGACGACGGUGUGCUCGAGAUGGACACUUCAUCCAGGAGAUCGUCAGUGAAUACGACGAGCAGCUCGUCCGGCGAGGUCUUCAAGUGCACGCCGGUGUUCAUCCUCGGCGAGGAGCAGCAGUGCAGCGACAGUGGCUCGGACUCGGUCUCCGAAAUCUCGACCGAUAGCUCCUCGGACCGGAGCAGCAUCUACUCGGACGACUCGCUCGACUUCAUCCUCUACGGCAAGACGAGUCAGGGCCGCGUGAGCUUCCCAUUUAGCGCGAGCGAGUCCCAUAGUUGGAAGCAGCGCAACGGCGGUACGGGUCUCGUAGGCGCCGGGGCCGGAGGCGCCGGGCCCGGCAACAACACCAGCCUGCGUCACGGGCCCCGCGUCUGGCCACGCGAGUGCAACGGCGUCGUCAGCAAGGCCCUGAGUCGCUUCAGUACCGGGGAUCACCAUCAUCACCAUCACCACCAUCAUCAUCAUCACUACCACGACGUUUCGGGCGCGGGCUCGACGUGCAAGUCGCCGGGUGUCAUCCUCGGCUCAAGCUCCAGUGGCAGCGCCGCGAGCUCGGCCACCAGAACGAGCACGACUCGUAGCAUUACUGGACUCGAGGCACUGCGCACCAGAGGCGAGAACUUGGUGGUGAUCCGGGAACCAGUGCGAGCUGGAAGGUACAUGAGAUACAGCGAGGUUCAGUGCGAAUCCGUCCAGGCGCGAAUCCGAAGAUUCCAAGUGCACGGCUCGUCGUAGGGCGACGCCGCCGAAGACGAUCUUCACGGGUGGAUGGGAUUCGUAUUAUCGUUUGUAAAUUGAACGCAGCUGCCGUUUCUACUACAGCGCGAUCAACGUCUGUAAAUAUCGAUUAAUGAGCACAGCUUCGGCGCAACAAAGAAGAUGAAGGAGAAGAGGGAAGACACGUGGAUGACUGCUAUAAGCUUAACUAAUUUAAAUGAAUCGUGAGCUCCGUUUGCUCGUUCGUUUCGUGGGUGUUCGCUUAACACGCGUGGGCAUGAUUUUAUUCUCGAAUGAGGGAAAGCAAGAGAAACAAGAACGAAAUUGAUAUAAAGAAAAUAAAAAUAAAUAAAUAAACU